GCAGUGACUAUUAUACUUUAUAUGCAAGAUAUUAUGUUAAACCAAUAUUCUAUAAUUAUAUAAUAGAAUUUACACGGAUUCCCGCCAAAUCAUUCUUUAAUACAUUCGGUGUAACGUACGUUCUUUCAUUUUUCUAAGAAUUUGGGACAUCAUUAAUUAUUACAAUGAAAGACGGCAGCAGAUUGUUGUCAAUCCUUCUGAAAGUUUCAGAGAAAGCAGCAAAUAUUGCAAGAGUUUGCAGGCACAAUGAUGCAUUAUUUAAAUUACUUGUACAAGAAAAAUCAGAAGAAGAAAAAAAUUCACGCUUCUUCCAAGACUUUAAAACCUUGGCAGAUGUUCUUAUACAAGAAACAAUCAAACAUGACAUAGGAUUAGAGUUUCCAGAAUUGUCUAAGGUAGUGCAGGGAGAAGAAAAUAACACAUUUAGCAAUGCUAUGGGUGAAUCUAUAGUAGUUGAAGUAUGUUCUACUAUUGAAGAAACAACUCAAUUAUUAGCUAAGGUAAUGAGCAAUGACAGUGCAACUGCAGAGUUUUUGGCUACAGAAGUUCAUAAGGAUGUUCAAUUCUCAGACAUUCCAAUUGUAGCUGAGCUACCACUUGAUUUUGAUAUUAACAUAUAUGAUCUUGGUAUAUGGAUUGAUCCAAUUGAUUCAACUGCAGAUUAUAUAAAUGGAGAGGAAAAGGUGGAUGAUGCCACUGGUGUGCAUUUAAGUGGUUUACAGUGUGUCACUGUCUUAAUUGGAGUGUACUUGAAAAGUACAGGUAUACCAGUUGUGGGAGUAAUUAACCAACCUUUUUAUACAAAUGUGGAUUCACAGUGGAAAGGAAACUGUUACUGGGGAUUUCUAGAAAACGAUGUUGGAAAAUGUUCCAUAGUGAAAGAACCUAACAAUAAAAGGAUAAUUGUUCUUAGUAGAGUAGAAGAUGAUAAUGUGAAAUCUAAGUUAUUAAAUGCUGGUUUCACUUUAGUGGAAGCAGCUGGGGCCGGUUAUAAAAUAUUAAACGUCGCUCUCGGGCAAGCUGAUGCCUAUAUUUUAUCCAAAGGUUCCACAUAUAAGUGGGAUACUUGUGGCCCUCAAGCACUUAUACGUUCUUUAGGUGGAGGCAUCAUUGAAUUUCAAAGUUUUAUAGAUAAUCCUGAUUCAAAUUAUACAGAUGUAAAAUAUUUAUCUACAACUAAUAAUUUUUCAAAUAGCAAUGGCUUGGUGGCAUAUCGAAAUUUUGAAACUUUGCAAAUUUUAAAAUCAAUUUUGUGUGAAUAG